UACUGUCUGAAGCAUGAUUCCUCUUUCUGAUGUUAGGGACAAUUUUUUCUUAUUUUGUUAGUGUACACACUAUUUUGUAUAAUGAUUUUGGUUCCACUUUUACUUUAAUUUUGUUUCAGCUAGCAAAGGUUCAAUGCCCUAGAGAUACUCAUUUUUGGCUAUACGAUGAUGGAUCUUAUGAGGAAGAAGGUCAAAAUAACAUCAAGGGCAAGAUAUGGGAAAAGGCUUUUACUCGUUUUUGCUGUUCAUUGUUUUCGCUGCCUGUACCACCUGCAAAUCCUCAUGGGCUACAAGAAGAUCCAACGACCUUUUCAGGUCGGUCAGUCCCUGAGUAUUUGGAGCAGGGAAGGGUACAGAAGUUGCUAUUAUUUGGGUUGGAAGGAUCUGGAACCAGUACUAUCUUCAAGCAGGCUAAGCUUUUAUAUGGGAAUGGGUUUUCUCAAGAAGAGCUGCAGAACAUCAAGCUUAUGAUUCAAAGUAAUAUGUACAAAUAUCUUAGUGUAUUACUUGAAGGACGGGAGAGGUUUGAAGAAGAAGCUUUGUCGGAGCUAAGAACUACUAAUUUCGAUACUGAAGUGUCUGCUUCAGAUCAAAUAGGAGUUGAUGGAAAUAACCAGUGUAUCUAUUCGAUUAACCAAAGGUUCAAACCAUUUUCUGAUUGGUUAUUGGAUAUUAUGGCUAUGGGAGACUUGGAUGCAUUCUUUCCUGCUGCAACCCGUGAGUAUGCUCCUAUUGUAGAUGAGAUAUGGAAGGAUCCUGCCAUUCAGGAAACAUACAAGAGAAGUGAGGAAUUGCAUCUUCUUCCAGAUGUUGCCAAAUACUUCUUGGAUCAGGCUGUUGAAAUAUCGAGCAAUGAGUAUGAACCUUUGGAAAAGGACAUAUUGUAUGCUGAGGGAGUUACUCAGAGCAACGGUUUAGCUUGCAUUGAAUUCUCAUUUGAUGAUAGAAGCCCCAUGUCUGAAAUAUACAAUGAAAACUAUGAAUGCCCUCCUUCCUUGACCAAGUACCAACUGAUUCGAAUAAAUUCCAAGGGACUGCAUGAUGGUUGCAAAUGGCUGGAAAUGUUUGAAGACGUAAGGGCAGUGAUCUUCUGUGUUGCUUUGAGCGAUUAUGACGAGAUGUGGUGCCGUGGUACAGGCCCUAUCUGUAAUAAAAUGGUGGCAAGCAGAGAAAUGUUUGAGAGUCUGGUAAGGCACCCUUCUUUUAGGGACACCCCUUUUGUGCUUUUGCUGAACAAAUAUGAUGCCUUCGAAGAUAAGAUAAAUCGGGUUCCAUUGUCCACUUGUGACUGGUUCAGUGAUUUUAGGCCCGUAAAGCCUCAUCACAACAACCAUGCGCUGGCCCAACAGGCAUACUAUUAUGUGGCAGUGAAAUUCAAGGAGUUGUAUUCUUCAAUAUGUGGCAGAAAAUUGUUUGUUUCGCAGACUAGAGGCCGAGAACGUGCGUCAAUUGAUGACGCAUUCAAAUAUGUAAGGGAGGUGCUCAAAUGGGAUGAAGAGAAGGAUGAUAAUAUCUACGAAAUCAAUGGGGAUGAUUCUUUUUACAGUACUGAAAUGAGUUCUUCUCCCUUUAUCAGGCAGGAAUAAUCCUAAUAUUCACAAUGCCAACAGUUUGAAUUGAAAGAUUUGAGUCUUCUAUUUGAUACAAUAUUUUCUACUAGAUUAACUUGGCAAGGCGGUCUGAUGUGGAAUGUCACUUCGGUGGUGUCAUAGAUUGUGCAGCGGCUUGAACAUCUUGGGGUUGGGUACCAAAGUGGCAAUGAUUGAUAACAUUUCCAUGCAUAUUUCAGUAACUUUUGUAAUAAUUUGUACAUCUGUAUAGGAAUAAAGGUAGCCUAUUCAAUCAAUUUUAAUUAGGAUGAGAUCCUAUGUGAAUAAAUUUUUUUUUUUUUACCAAACAUAAAGCUGUUGCAACCUUGGAAUCAUAUUUAUCUUGUU